AUGGCGAACCCUCAAACUCAUCAGUCGGGCUCAUCCUUUGGGUCAAUGCCGUCGCAGCAGGAUGCUCAAGAUGAUACAAGCAAGAGGAAAACGUUAUUCUUCGGUUUCGUCAAAAAAACAUGGCAGAAGACGGGCUUGGACAGACCCACCAUCCUCUUGAUGAUGAAGGGCGGUAUUCCACCAACUAUAGCCAUUUCUAUCUACCAAUCCAUGGCUGUUGCCGACGAGUACACGACUUUAGGCUAUCUCGUGGCUAUCGUCUCGAUUCUGGGCUUUGCGAUCAUGCCCCGCGCAAAGUUUAUCCAAAUGAUGAUCUUUGACCUCUUGGCUGUCUCUAUCGCAGCAUGUUUCGCCCUGUUGACAAUGUUCUCCAGUGUCCGGGCGCGCCAACACACCGCUACUGACUCUACUGAUCCAUACAAUUCUUCCGCGUCCGCUGUUAGCUGUUUGUGGCUGUUCUUUCAAAUCUGGAUGGUUCACACCUUCCGCGCCAAAAACCCACAGCUGCAGUUCCCCGUGAUUAUUUACGCGAUUUUUGCAAAUAUUGCUUCGGUAUACGCGCCGCAAAUGAAGACUAUGACAGCCGCGUUCAGUAUGGUGAGCCAAUUGCUCAAAGCCUUCAUUACUGGUCUCGGUAUUUCAACAGCGACGUCGCUGUUGAUCCUUCCUAUGACGUCACGGCAGGUCGUCUUAAAACAAAUGGCGAGCUACAUUGGCGGGCUUCGCUCGGGCUUGCAUGCUCAUGCUCUAUACUUUCAAUCAUUGGAAAGGGAUGACAUGUUCGGUCGCACAGAGACCUAUGAUGAUGCCCGUGAAAAGUUUGGCAAAAAGGGAAAGGUCUACAGUCCCGAGGCAGAAGCAAUCCGUGGUGCAGUCCGACAGAUCACGGAUAUCCACGCUAAACUCCACGGCGAUCUCACAUUUGCGAAGCGUGAGAUCGCAUUAGGGAAAUUGGGACCAGACGAUCUUCAGGCGAUCUUCCGUCACCUUCGCCAGAUUAUGAUCCCGGUUGUGGGGCUGAGCUUCGUGGUGGAUAUCUUUCAGCGCAUGUCAGACUAUAACAGAUGGAAUAAGCCCAUUGAUUUAAAUGAGCCUGUAGUCCCGGAGGAUGUCCGACGGCGGGUCGUGCAUGAGUGGAAUGAGAUCAUGAGGGCGGUACACGAUCCCUUCGCUGUAAUGAUCCAAACUAUUGACGAGGGAUUACUGCAUACGUCGUAUGUUUUCAGGCUAACAAAGACCCCCAAACGCAGAGCUACAGCGAAAUCUGAAGAUGACAAUUCAACGGAGCAAGACAAAGAUGUGGAGGCCAGAGCCGAUAACACUGCUCCUGGUGAAAAAGCAUUUAUCGAGUAUUUUGAAAAGAAACUUCGCGAAUUUGGGAGUGCAAAACGCCUUGCUUUGCAGACAUGGGCCGAGGAGAAGGGUGUCACACUCCCGCCCGACUUUUUCGACAACCCUGCUUCUGCUGAAAUGCCGACCGCCGAUUUGCUGGAUACAUCAGCUACGCAAAAAGAGCGAAGCCAGCGGCAGCUGUAUCUAUUUCUCUACAUGGAACAAUUGCUGUACUCCACCGGUCAAACUGUGCUUGACUUUGUCCGUUAUGCCGAUCAUAUUCAGGCGAAAGGGAAGUUAUCAAAGAGUCGACUCAUCAUUCCUGGUGGUAAGCGCGUGUGGAAGUGGGCCAGGUCCUUUUUGAAUCCGGAAGACCACGAAGAUGAUAAUAUGGGUGACAUUCAUACACAAAACAACAUCCUCCAGCUUGGAGAGGCUUAUAAACUUCGUAAAGACCCGGAGCAUCUGCCACCGACUACUAGUUUUCAGAAGAUUGGGGACAAAAUUCGUGUCAUUCCAUGGUUUCUGCGCUCGUUCGAGUCGACCUAUGGCUUCCGUGUCGCAUGUGCCACCAUGACUAUUGCAGUCAUCGCCUUCCUACGUGAUACCCAAACCUUCUUUACUGCGCAAAGACUAGUCUGGGGUUUGAUCAUGGUCAAUCUCAGCAUGUCUCCCACCUCGGGACAGAGCAUUUUCAGUUUCGUGUUGCGGAUUUUGGGUACAUUCCUUGCAAUGGUAGCCAGUCUUUUAAUCUGGUAUAUCCCAGGUAAAAGUAUACCUGGAAUUAUCGUUUUCCUGUUUAUCUUUGUCUCCAUUGCUUUCUACAUCCCCAUCAAGAUGUUCCGCUUCAGGGCUGUGGGGAUGAUCAGCAUCAUCACGACAACCAUGAUCGUUGGUUACGAGCUUCAAGUUCGCCGAGUCGGGGAAGCGGUCGCGACAUCCAAUGGACAGACCUAUUACCCAAUAUACCUCUUGGCACCUUAUCGGCUAGCUGUUGUGGCGGGCGGUAUCGCUGUCGCAUUCAUUUGGACGUUCUUCCCAUAUCCAAUAUCCGAGCACUCAGUUCUCCGUCAAAGUCUAGGAGCAUCGUUAUAUCUUCUGGCGAACUACUACUCUAUCAUUCACGAGACAGUCUCCGGUCGCAUGCGUGGUGACGAGGGCGAACGUUUACUCAAGACAUCUCCGGGUCGCAAACUUGAGAAAGCACGACACAAAGUGUUCGCAAAACAGAUGCUUAUGCUAGCCGGUUUACGGACAUACUCUGGAUUCCUUCGAUGGGAAGUCCCGGUCGGUGGUCGGUUCCCAAAAAAGCAGUAUGAUUCGAUUAUUCUCUGUGUAGAAAAUAUCGUGAACUACCUCAGCUUGCUAGGCUACGCAUCUGAUACCAUCAUGUAUCUCGGCGACGGCGACAAUCCUACAGAUACCGCCUGGAUGACUGAUUUUCGACGGCUGUUCAAUGCUGCUAAAGUGACGACCCACGAGGUCACAUCUUUGCUUUGCCUUCUUUCUGCUAGCAUUACAAACCGUCAACCUCUACCGCCGUAUCUCAAAGCACCCCGUCCUUAUGGCUUCGCGAACCGCUUGAAUGAACUUAACAGUGAGCUUCUAAGCCUCCGGCACAUUGCGGAGCCGGGAUUCGCGGCUUUUGCUGUUCUACAAAUUUCGACCCGUUGCAUUGUCGGUGAUAUGGACAGAUUACUGCGGCUUGUCAAGGGCUUAGUGGGCGAAUUAGACUUCUCUUUCCAUGCUGUAAGCACAGGAGAGUCAUUGGCUGAGUCGCGAGUGACUUCUCGGGUGGGAUCAAGGGUGGAUUUGAGCGGGUACGCAUCAUCACAACCUGAUGAUCGGCACAAAAACGAUUGA